GCUCUCUGGUCCUCCUCUGCGCGCUCUGGCUCUUCGCCCCGGACAAACUGCGGGGAACGUUCGGUCUCCAAAAAAGGUGACCGAAUUAUUUGCAGAGGAGUCCGAAUCUGGGUCGUGGAGGCUCAGUUUAGUGUUUUUGGGGGGGGUACCGGAGUGUCGUAUGAUCGGGCUUUCGAGGUGAAUUUGCUUACAGUUCAAUCAUGAAGACUCUCCGAUGUCUCCUUGCGCUUCUCUGCGCUCUCCUGGCUGGUGCGCAAAUUCAGAUCGGCAAACCCUCCUUUGCGGACUGUCCUGUCGACCUCUUCUUUGUGCUGGAUACAUCUGAGAGUGUCGCCCUCAGACAGAAGCCUCCCAACUUUUAUAUCGACCAGAUCAAAGAUUUCACAAAACGCUUCGUAGAUGAGCUCCGGGAAAUGAUCCACCAGUGUGACCGCGUCCUGAUGUGGAACUCAGGAGCCCUGCACUACAGUGACGACGUCGUCCUGGUGCGAGAGCUGAGCGACAUGCGCUCCCAACGCCAGGCCCUGAAGAAUGACAUCGACCGCAUCACCUACAUUGGCAAGGGCACCCACACUGACUGCGCCAUCAAGAGGGGCCUGGCAGAGCUGCUCGUUGGGGGCUCCCACUACCAUGAAAACAAGUACAUUGUGGUAGUGACUGACGGCCAUCCUAUCACGGGUUACAAAGAGCCAUGUGGGGGUGUGCAGGAGGCUGCUAACGAGGCCAAGCAGCAUGGAGUUAAAGUGUUUGCUGUGGCCAUCUCACCUGACCAGGAGGACACCAGACUGUCCCUCAUCGCCACAGACCAGACCUACAGGCAGAACUUCACUGCCGCCGACGAAACCAGGUCCACCAAGAUGAAAACUAUUCGAACCAUCAUAGAUAUAAUUACAAAUGAGACCAAGGAUGUGUGCUGCUCCUUUGACUGCAAUGCUCCUGGGGGACCAAAAGGACCAGAUGGGGAUACUGGCGCCAAUGGAGAGAUGGGUCGACCGGGAAUGCCAGGAGAGAAAGGAGAUAUCGGCCCUGUGGGCAAUGUUGGUGAUCCUGGUCCAGUUGGUUACAGUGGGAUGAAGGGAGACCGCGGUCCCAGAGGAGACAAGGGUGAAAGGGGACACAAAGGCUUCAAGGGUGACAAAGGUAUAAGAGGGUUGGAUGGAACCGACGGACGUAAGGGUGAACCAGGUUUCGCUGGCCUUCCUGGCUGUAAAGGUGCUUCUGGAUCAGAUGGCCAGCAGGGAGAGCCUGGACCAAAGGGGGACCCUGGCCCUUAUGGAAAAAAGGGGGACAGAGGAGAUCCAGGAAGGAACGGUGAGCCGGGACGACCUGGAAACUAUGGACCUCAGGGACGUCCGGGAGACAAAGGUGAUCCCGGACCUCCUGGAGACAAAGGGGAGCGCGGUGAUGAUGGACCAACUGGAGCUGACGGACCCGACGGAGAACGGGGACAAAACGGCGACAAGGGGGAGCAAGGUUCCCGAGGAAAAAGAGGCCCCAGAGGAGAUCCCGGGGACCCAGGACCACGUGGAGAGCAAGGAAGGGAGGGCUCAGCAGGGGAAAAUGGAGACCCUGGAGACCCAGGAAGAAACGGCCCUCCUGGCUACAGGGGAGACGAAGGUCCAUUGGGACCAGAGGGGCCCAAAGGAGAGACAGGGAUCAAAGGAGCACCAGGAGAAAGAGGCCCCAUGGGGGAGAGGGGAGAGCCUGGUAAACCAGGAAAUGGCACACAAGGCUGUCCUGGCUUCCAAGGUUACCCUGGGUCCCGCGGAGAUAUUGGUGAACCGGGAUCCAAAGGAACGCCCGGACCCAAAGGAGAUGAUGGAGAGCCCGGAGAUUCAGGCCUAGAUAAUAACGAGCUAGGGCCUCCUGGACCCAAAGGGGCCAAAGGUCACAGAGGAACCGAGGGCAGACCGGGUCCUCCUGGGCCUGCUGGACCACCAGGAACUGAUGAAUGUGAAAUCCUGGAUAUAAUCAUGAAACUUUGCUCUUGUUGUGAGUGCAAGUGUGCCGCUAUGGACCUGGCGUUCAUCGUGGACAGCUCAGAGAGUAUCGGUGCAACAAACUUUGCACUCGCCAAAGAUUUCAUCAUCACAGUUCUUGACAGACUAGUUAAAGACCAUCAAGUCAAGUUCUCAACGAACCAGUCCACCGUCAGUGUUGUCCAGUACAGUGGAUCGCAAGCCCAAGAAGCUGUUCAACUAACUACCAGCCUCGCUGACUUUAAACAGGAAGUGAGAGGCUUGCGCUGGCUGGCUGAGGCCACUUACACAGGCGAGGCCCUCGGCUUUUCUUUGAUCACCACAAUCAGUCGGAUGAGGAAAGAAAACAAAAUUGUUCUCGUUCUCACUGAUGGACGCUCUGACACUACCAGAGACAAGUCUGACCUCAAUGUUCUUUGUGGAAAAGACAUCUUGGUGGGCGGUUUAGGAGUUAAGGACUACUCAGGCCGCCAGCCCAACCAGGAGCAGCUUCACACUUUGACGUGUGAAAGCGACACCAAAAAAGGAUUUUCCUUUGUCCUGGAUAACUUUGCUGAGCUGCUGGAUGACAGUUUCCUGCAGAAUCUCACAACCAAGAUCUGUCAAGAAAAGAAUUGCCCAGACUACAAAUGUCCAAUCUCCUUCUCUCAAAGUACCGACAUUUUGGUGAUGAUGGACAGCUCAGCCAGUGUGGGCCAGAACAACUUUGAGAUAAGCAAGACCUUUGUCAAGCGCUUAGCUGAACGUUUCCUCACGGCUGAGAACAAAGGCGGUGUCAGAGUGCGAGUGGCUGUGGGCCAGUAUAGCCUACGCAAUCCCCGCCUGGAGCAGUCCCUUACUUCCAACUUAACCUUGCUGACAUCUAAAAUCGAAGAAGCCCAGUUCCAGAAUGAAGGCACCAAUGUCGUAGAUGCCAUGCAAUUCGCCAUUAACACUCUACCUAGCCGCGGGGACUCAUCUGGAAGCAUCAAGAAGCUGGUGCUGUUUUCCGACGGAAGGUCUCAAGGAGUCACCAAUCCCGUGUUGGAGAAGCGCGUUAGAGAAGUGGAGAACAGCGGCAUUGAGCUCUUUGUCAUCUCAGCAGGAAGCCAGGUCGACGACGCCAAUCUCAAAACUCUAGUGAGCAGAGGGCGGAGCUUAGACGCCAAUGCUGAGCGCCGCCUGUUCCGUGUUGCUGACUACGCGUCUCUGGUCCGCGGGGUCUUCCACCAAACCGUCAGCCGCAGGGUCUCUCUGUCCGUAAGGGCAAACUAAAAGGACAAACGUGUUUUAGAUUUUAGACCCAUUAUGAAUUUUCAGUCUCACUCAUUUACAGUACACUGUGUUAAAAUGUGUUUGAAAACAAGAAAGGGUAGAAUCACAUAUGAUUAUGUGACAGAUAAGUGUAAAUACAUUUAGAGGAGGACUUUUACUUUGAGUUGAUCUUGCAAUGCAGAUCAUCUUGGUCUUUGUAUACCACAAGCCGAUGAGUCAACAGACAAUACCCAGAGGAGAUAUCUCUGCCUUGAGUUCAGACUCAAAGUAAAAUAGUCCAAAUUUAAAGGAGUGUACUUUGUUCCUGGAGAGUCAUCAAUGGUAGCCACAUUUUAGCUUAUUUCUACUCUACAUCUGGACUGGUUCCUCUUCAGGUACUCUGUAUGUCUGUAUCCCUCUACUUUUACUUGCUUCAUUCAACCGGUGAGGCUUCAAAGAGGCUAAGUGAACUUUUCCUUUGCUCUCCAGGACCGGAGCUAUGGCUGUUUAUGGUCAAAUGUGGAUCCAUGUUUGAGUAUGUUGUGUCCAUAAUGCCAAAUUAAGGGAACAACCACAGCAUUGGUGGGACCAGAAACCUGGUUCCUGGCUGACUUAUCGCCCAGUUUUUUUGUUUUACCAUCAUGUAUUGAAACAGAUCAUAGGGAAAAUGAUAAAACAGCACUGUCUUGGAGGGAAAGAAAAACUGAAAAUCAAUUAGCUCACCUACAGAACAGGGGGAAGAGGAUGUGGCACAUGGCCGACACUUCAGCUAGUACUGCUGAAGACAGCUGAACUCUGCAUGUGUGUUUGUUUCUUCAGCAUAUAAACAGAUAUACGUGAAUCCUUGGCUGGCUGUUUCAUUAACAGUUGUGCUGGGGUCCACCUGUUUUCUGGUCUUGUUCCUGGAGAUAAACACCUGCAUAAACACACAUCAGUAAGACAGGAAAACAUCUGUCACAGUUAAAAGUUGGGCAGAAACUUGAAGAGACUCAGGAGUGUAUUCCCUAUAUACCUUUUACAGCCAGUCCCCACACCUGUUAGUUGUAUAUGAUGCAACAGGGGCUCAGAGUGUUACUGAACUGUUGUUUUCAUCUGCGGUGCUAUUAUCCCCUAUGUAUCAGCCUCUACACAUGUUUUUUCCAGAUGAUUGUUUUGUUAAAACUGCGAACACAAAGCCUCAGUGAAGUUGUAAGAUCUCCUUCAAUAAAAGUUUUUACACCCAA